AUGACAGUAGGAUUACGUUCUGCUUCAUCUUCACAUACUGCUGCUAACAUCAAACGUGUUUUGUACUAUGGUACUUUCAUACACACACCAAAGCUAGGUUCACUCCAGGUUUUCACCGAUACUGGGUUUGUUGUUGAUAAGAAUGGGGUCAUUGAUAACAUUUAUGAAAACACGUCAGUUGAGGAAAUCUUGAACAAAGAAACAAAUAUUGAGGAAACUUUUGAUAUUUCCAAAAAUUCAAAUUCAUUCUUCUUCCCAGGUUUUAUUGAUACACACAUUCACGCUCCACAAUAUCCAAAUAAUGGGAUCUUUGGCUCAUCAACACUAUUAGAUUGGUUAGAAACUUAUACCUUCCCAUUAGAAUCAACUUUGAAAGACUUGGAUAAAGCACGCUUGGUUUACAAUAAAGUUAUUUCCAGGGGAAUUUCACAUGGUACUACCUGUGCUGCCUAUUAUGCUACUAUUGAUACUGAUGCUACAAAUCUUUUAGCUGAUUUGGCUCUUGAAAAGGGUCAAAGAGCUUUUAUUGGUAAAGUUUGUAUGAAUAACAAUUCACCAGAGUAUUAUUGUGAAACUUUUGAACAAUCCAAAAAAAGUACAUUAGAUGUUAUAGAUCAUAUUAAGGAAAUAGAUCCUUCAAAUGAAAUUGUUGCUCCUAUAUUAACUCCAAGAUUUGCCCCAUCCUGUACAUCUGAAUUAUUAAAUUGGUUAGGUCAUCUAAGAGAAGAACAAAAUCUUCAUUGUCAAACACAUAUAUCUGAAAACAAGAAUGAAAUCAAAUGGGUACAAGAAUUAUUCCCAAGCUCCAAGAGUUAUACAGAUGUCUAUAAUGACCACAAUCUUUUAGGGGAUAAGACAAUCUUAGCUCAUGCUAUUCAUUUGUCAGACCAUGAGAAAGAUUUAAUCAAAUCUACUGGUACUGGUAUUUCACACUGUCCGAUUUCAAAUAGUUCAAUAACUUCAGGUGAAGCAAGAGUUAGAUGGCUGUUAGAUAAUGAAAUCCCAGUUGGGUUAGGUACUGAUGUUUCUGGUGGGUUUUCUAUCUCAAUUUUAGAAACUGCUCGUCAAGCUUUAUUAGUUUCAAAUCAUUUAGCUAUGAAAACUUCGGAUCAUAAUAAAUUAUCAGUCGAAGAUGUUCUUUUCUUAGCUACACUUGGUGGUGCAAAAGUUGUUGGGUUACAAGAUAAACUAGGUUCUUUCAUCAAAGGUAAGAAAUGGGACGCACAACUUGUUGAUUUAGAUUCAAAGGGGUCACCUGUUGAUGUCUUCGAUUGGCAAACAUCACCAAAAUCAAUGAAUACAUCUGAUGAUUUAACAAAAUUUAAAAACUUGGUUGCUAAAUGGGUUUUCAAUGGUGAUGAUAGAAAUACUCAAAAGGUUUGGGUUAAUGGUUUAAAAGUUCAUGAAUUAUAA